CCUAUUAUUCUUUCUACUUCCUAUUCCCAAUUCUCCUAUUCCUCUUACUAUUUAUUUUUUUAAAUUUCUACUCUCCUAUUAUUCUUUCUACUUCUCAUUCCCAAUCCUCCUAUUAUUCUUUUUAUUCUUCUUCUAUUAUUCUCUUGUUAUUAUUAUGGAAAAAUCUGAUAACGUCUCCCUCCGUGCGCUAAGACAUCCAAAAUUCAACUAAAUUUCCCUCAAACCGAAAAGAAAAAGGAAAGAGAAAGCCGAAAAGAAGAGAAAGAGAAGAGAAAACGAAGGGCUAAACGAAGAGAAAGAGAAGAGAGAAAAGGCUAAAAGAAUUAAAUUAGUGUGCGACUUGGUAGUGAGGUUGUAACGACCCCCCUAAAGAACCAUCGUCAUAAAACCAUCGGUUCUUACGGGGGAAAAAGGGGUCAGAUAUUUAUUCCCCAAUUAUGGCGGAAACGGAUCAAAUAACGGUUCGGAACUCACCAAAACUGCGAGAAAAGAUGGGCCCAGAGUUAGAUAUAUCAGAAUCAAAUGAAGCAAAUGAAAGAAGUAAUUCGAAGAAGAUUGAUGUUUCAGUCAUCAUCCCAGUCCACAACGCAGGCCAAUGGCUUGACGACUGCCUGGACUCCAUCAGCCGGCAGCAACACACACUCAACGUCGAAGUGUCUUUAUUCUUGGACAGCUGCACGGAUGACUCCGAGAGGAUCGUACAAGACUGGACUACAAAGCUUACGGAACAAGGCUAUGCUGUUAUUACUACAGUCGAGAACAAUGAAAACCCCAAAGGAGUUGGUUUUGCAAAGAAUAGAUCAGUAGAACAAAGUCAUGGGGAGUUUCUCUGCUUCUUGGAUUCUAUUAAUGGUUUUACCAGGGACACCAGCAGCAUCACACUCUAG